AUGUCACUUUCAUCCCGUGGCAGAGCAGCCGAGAAAGCAAGUGACGGCUUACACAUCUGGAAGGCCGUGGGCGAUCUCUACCACCCGACCACCAAUCCCAACGGCUUUGCAACCCUGGGCGUUUCAGAGAACACUCUUUUGGCUCAAGAGCUGCCAGAGCAUCUUCACAAACACUUCAAACUACCAAAUCAUGCAUCCACCUAUGGAGAUGGCAUGACGGGAUCCAAGAGGCUCAAGGCAGUCCUAGCGACAUUCCUCAAUCGACACCUACGGCCUGUUCUUCCGCUUCAGCCGGCGCACUUCACAGUGACAAACGGCUGCAGCUCUUCUGUGGAGCACCUUGCCUGGGCUAUAGCGAGAUCGAGCCCUGGUGAUGCAUUGCUACUUGGCUGGUCAUAUUAUAAUACCUUCAUCCCAGACCUUGUUCUCAGAGCUGGCUGCAAGGUCAUCGCAGUGGAGUGUGACAAUACCGAUCCUCUAAGCCCGGAGGUCGUUCAUCACUAUGAGGCAGCCAUUAAGCGAGCUUGGGACUAUGACCCCAUCAACAUUCCCGACUUGACGACCCAGCUCCUCUCGAACCUGGAGCCAAUCAGUCGGGCCACUAGUCCUUUUCCUCCUAAUAAGCUAGUACAAGACUUUAAGGGCCGUCUCAUGGCAUUGCCACCAGAGAGUAAGAAUGAUCUUAUUCCCUGGUUCCAGAAGAGCACUAUUUCUCUCGACUGCAAUUACAUAAUGCCUCAGUCUCUGUGGAAGCGGAUAUUCUUUCAAAUCCCGUUUCUUUGGGAUCUCGAUAUAGAACUAGUACUCGACAAGAUUUGCUCGGAACCGUCGGAAACAGAGUGGAACUGGGAAAAGCUUACUCGGCAGGUUUUGAGUCCCGCGCAGCCUUCAAACCGUGAAUAUGAAGGGGACAAGAACGGCUUUGUGUGGAGCUACGAGACGGUUGGACUGCAUAUUCCCCCUGGUCUUACUAAUCGCCGACGAAUCUGGCAGAUUCUGGAGGAAAUGUGGCCGAAUGAUGUACAGGCACUAAAAGAGUUUGAGGUUUGGACAGGUGAUGAGGCAAACUAUGAAACAGACGACGAAGAGUUCGAGCGGGAUAUAUGGUCGGAUGAUGAGUGGAAAGAGUUAGAUUUGUGGCCAGAUCUGGAUUGA